UUUAUCCCGCGGGCCGUGAUCCUCUUAUAGGCGGCGGGGCUGCGUGACGCACGGGCCGGGGCGCCCAAUGGCAGCGGCGCGGGCCCUGCGACCGGAGUCGGGCGCGCUAUAAAGAGAGGGACCGUGUCGGGAAGUGCGAGUGGAAAGUCCUGGACGCGGAGCCCGCAGGUGACCCUGGUCCUACUCGGAGUCCCAGGACGGUGAGCGCACGGACUCCGAGCCCUCUCCCCGGGCCGGGCGCACGGAGACGCGGCACGCCUGGGCGCAGACGCUCCCCUCCCCUGUCCCGGCUGCGGGGCACCCCUUCUCCUCCGGUGCGCACGGACUCCCCCAGCCCCGUACGGGCCCCCUGCCCCCCCCGGGGGUAGCCUAAUUCUCUUCUUCCCAGCCCGAUCCCCCCUCAAGUCCCGGGCGCACGGAGCGAGUCCUUGGGCAGAUGGAGAAGGGGAAGCUGGAGCAGCCGCCGCGGGCGGUGAGCUGCAAUGGGUACGCGCUGGAGGAGAAGCAGCCGCCUCCGCCCGCUCCGAGCCGGCCCUUGGAGAAGUCCCGCUACUCGCAGGGCACCAGCUCGCAGUGCCUGGACAACUGGAAGGAGGAGAGGACCCGCAGCGAGGAGGAUAACGAGAUGAACCUGCCCAGCCUGGCCGCCGCCUAUACCACCAUCCUGCGCUCGCUGGGCGAGGACCCCGAGCGGCAGGGACUGCUCAGGACCCCUUGGAGGGCAGCCACCGCCAUGCAGUUCUUCACCAAGGGCUACCAGGAGACCAUCUCAGAUAUCCUGAAUGAUGCCAUAUUUGAUGAAGAUCAUGAUGAGAUGGUAAUUGUGAAGGACAUAGACAUGUUCUCAUUGUGUGAACAUCACCUGGUUCCAUUCGUUGGAAAGGUACAUAUAGGUUAUCUUCCUAACAAACAAGUUCUUGGUCUCAGCAAGCUGGCUAGGAUUGUGGAGAUAUACAGUAGAAGACUACAGGUUCAGGAGCGCCUUACAAAACAAAUUGCAGUAGCCAUCACAGAAGCCUUGCAGCCUACUGGAGUUGGAGUGGUUAUUGAAGCGACACACAUGUGCAUGGUAAUGCGCGGGGUGCAGAAGAUGAACAGUAAAACGGUCACUAGCACAAUGUUGGGUGUAUUCCGGGAGGAUGCAAAGACUCGGGAAGAGUUCUUAACCCUCAUCCGAAGCUGAAGCGGUGCCACUCGCCGAAUGCUCUCUGCAGAUCGUACUGUCCGUGCCGCUGUCUGUUCUUAACUCUUUGUGCAGCUCGUUUUUAACUAAGUCGUGCGUUCUAAUAUGUGCAGUGAAAUAAUGUUGACGGUAAGUCAAAAAUGUAACCGUGAGGUAGGCCCUAUGGAUAUCUGUGCUGUCUCUUGUGUCACAGGAUAACCCAGCUACCGAUAGUUUUUAAAUAUACUUGCUCCAUCUACACUACAAUUUUAUUGCCACUAGAACUUUAUUUGGCAGGUUAUGUACAACACAGCAUAGGAAAUAUUGAAAGGCUACAGAUCUUUGCAAGGUAAUCUACGUGCCACAUAUUCUGCCUCAUAUCCCUCACAGGAAGCUCUUGAAUGAUCUUCAGGAUUCGUACUGUACCAUUAAUUGCAAAUCUUCUGAUAUGUCGGUUUCAGUCUUUGAAUAUGCAUAUCCUACCUUUUCAUGUGACAAUCUGGUGACACUUUAUAUUUUGUUAGUCUUCACCUUCUCUCCUUUGUGGCUUUAGUCUGUUACAAAGGCAUAGUGUUAUCUUGCUAGUCUUAACGUGCAGGGAAUUAAUUUCAACAAUUCAGGGGGGGCAAUCUUAUCUCAGUCUGCAGGGGUUUAUGCACCUUCCCCUCUGUGCCUCAAAAUGAGAAUAUUAUACCACUGUAACUGUAGCAGUCACUUUAUAUAAAUUACUGUUUGAGUUUUCAAAGAGCUAACGAAUCCAUACAGAGUUUUAACCAUUUUAUAUCAUUUUCAGUUUGCUUUCCUGGAUUUUCCAGGUGUUAACUGGGCUAGAUGACUAAAUUACACACACACAAUAUUUGAGUAAAGAUUUCCCUUAGGAAAACUACACAUGGCAAAAUUAAUCCAGAAUAAAAUAGGUUGUGAAUUUAAAAUGGAGUUAAUCAGGAAUAGUUAAUUCCCUGUGUGGACGCUCUUAUUAGAGUGUCAAUACGUGGAGUUAAUCAGGACUAGACAAGCUCUUCCAAUAUUUUAAACUUGUAAUCUUUUCCAACUCAGUGGACCAAAGCCUGCGAACUGAAGUGACUCCUGAACUCUGCACUCCAGACAUGUCUUUUCUGAUGGGACAUAAUUCCAUGUCAGUGUAGCCCUGUAAAUACAUUGGUAUGAACUGUUCAGUUGUUGUUCUUCUUUCAUGAGGGCAACUAGCAAAGUACUUCUCAGGAGACCAAAGUGAGUUAAACAUAUUUUCUGAAACCUCGGCAUGUGAAACAGGCAAUUAAGAGGACUUGAUUUAAUGUAUUAAAUUAUGAGGGAAAUGUAAUGAGUGUUUUGUAACUCUUAAUUGGGACAAUAUGGUGCACAAAUCAAAAUCACUCGCUUCUAAAACCAAAGGCGC